AACACCCUCUCAAAUUCAUGACAGGAACCUUUAGCUAGCUUCACCGGCCUCUUUAUAUGUGCGUGUGUCCCCGUCUCCACAACCCAUCAAUCAGCAACCAUACACAGCUGCUAAGUUAAGCCUUAAUUAGCUAUCAACCAGCAACUUAGCUAUCCAUGGGCAUGGGUUCGAAUAAGAGCAGCAGCGCCGGCGUCUUGGUGUCCUGCGUGGUCUUAGGCCUAGCCCUGCUCGUCGUCGGGGCGGCGGCGGCCAAGACCAGCCCAAACUCCUGCAAGACACUGUGCAGCGGCCGGGAGGACUACAAACCCUGCCACGCCGCGUGCCUGUGGGGCGUGCGUCUGCGAGCCCAUGGGAGGACGACAGAAGGGGGGACGUCAGUCGGAGGAAUAGGUGCCCCGGCUACCUGUCGCGUGCGCUGCCGCCACGCCGACGACAUCAACGCCUGCGUCAAACGGUGCCAGCAGAGUGGUGUGGAAGGAGAAGAAGCGGGAGGAGGAAGAGGAGGAGGAGCUGGGCUACUGGCGAUGCCGACGGAGCGCGUCGGACGGGAAGACGAAGAGAAGAAAAAGCAAGCGGAGGAUGCCUCCCCAUACCAGCUGCGCUGGGACCCAAAUUUCUGCUCCUUCAUGUGCCGCCACAUACAUGACCAAGGGGAAUGCCUCAAAAAAUGCGAGGAGGCAGGUCCAAAUGAAGCAAGACCCUGAGGAAUCGGUCUCCCGGCGUCGAGGGCGGAGGGCACGCGACCGGAAGAAGAGAGGACGGAGGAAGAGGGUCCGCCGUGCGUUGUCAACCUGACCUUCUUGGAUUGAGAAAGCUAUUGUCCUCUAGAAGUUGGUACCGCCUCGCAGUAUCUUUUGCUUUCCUUAUUACAAGUUGUUGAUUAGGUUACAAUCUUGUACUCCCUCUAUGCCACAAUAUUUAUUGUUGGCGAGAGCUAGUUUAGUUCUCCUCACCAACAAAUAUGUAGGAACAGAGGGAGCACGUUGUUACCAUGUUUGUUGACUACCUCCAUUUUCUCCAUAUCCAUGUGUUAGCACACAAUCGUCUGUGUGUGCCACCGUUGUUUUCAGAUUUGAAAUAAAAGGGGGUGAAAUAAGAAAACUGCA